AUGGACGAAUACUUAGAACUAGGUCACAUGGAGAGCGUUCGUGAUCCCCAACAUCAUCGGUAUCCCCAUUACCAUCUUCCCCAUCACGCCGUCCUGAAGGAAGACAGCACGACAACCAAAGUACGCGUAGUUUUCGACGCAUCCUGCCGCACAGCCACUCGACCUUCACUCAAUGAUGCGUUGAUGGUAGGUCCAAUAGUACAGGAUGAUCUCCGGUCAAUUAUGAUGCGGUCACGAAUGCACCCUGUUCUACUCAAUGCUGAUAUAAAGCAGAUGUAUCGGCAAAUUUUGACUGACGAAAGGAGUAGCAGUUUGCAACACAUUGUCUGGAGAUCAUCUCCAGAAGAACCACUACAAACCUAUGAAUUAAAAACUGUUACUUACGGUACUGCUAGUGCGCCUUUCCUUGCUACUCGCGUACUGCAGCAGUUAGCUGAGGACGGACAAAUCAAUUUUCCACGGGCAGCGCACGUACUCCGUAAGGAUUUUUACGUUGACGAUUUGUUUUCUGGAGCAAAUACUAUCGAGGAAGCCAUCGAACUUCGAAGCCAGCUAGAGUCACUCCUACAAAGUGGUGGCUUUGAGUUACGAAAAUGGGCUUCUAAUGAACCUGCAGUCAUACAGGACAUCCCGCCAGAGAACAGAGCACUUCAAACAUCGAUCGACUUUGACAGAGAACAGUGCAUCAAAACUCUAGGGCUGCACUGGGAGCCCGGCACAGAUACUCUUCGCUACAAAACACAACAUACCUGGGAUCUCAGUGACGGAGCUCUCACUAAGCGUAUCGCGCUGUCUCACAUUGCGCGAUUAUUUGACCCACUGGGACUUGUAGGUCCAAUUAUUACCACGGCAAAAAUCUUCAUGCAAGCGAUCUGGACACUCGUUGAUGACAAUUGCAAACCUUGGAGUUGGGACAAGGAACUACCGUCAACAUUCAAGACUCGGUGGGAGUUCUACCAAAACCAACUUCCAAAUCUCAACAGGCUUCGUGUGCCGCGAUGUGUUAUCCUUCCGGGACCAACUACACUUCAGUUACACAUCUUUACCGAUGCCUCGGAGCAGGCGUAUGGCGCAUGCAUCUACGUCCGAUCAUCGAAUGCUGCUGGUGACGUUAUGGUAGCUCUAUUAACAUCGAAAUGA